AUGUGGCGGCUGCCCGGGCUGCUCUCCCAGGCCGCCGCGGCCGGGAGGGCGGCGGCGAGGACCCGCAGCAGCGACGUCAGGGGUUCCAAGGGGUUCUCCAGCGGCGGGGACGGGUCCCCGCUGCCCCGGGGGUGGCUGCGGAGGCUGUGGGUUGAGGAGCUGAAAAGGGAGAAGGAAGCUGCGAGGAGACUGGGGGGAGGCGCCUUGGUCUGCAAGGCCGAAGGCGUUGGCGAGGAUCCGCUCGGCUAUUUGGCCAACGCCGCGCGCACUUUCGUGAAUUCCGGGUCCGCCGCGGCGGGGAUUGACAAGGUGAGGGCUGGGGGAGCGGCCCGCGGCGAGGUGGCCCCGUCUAAAGGCGGCCACUAUGAUCCCAAGGACCUCCCAUACCUAGAGGCCAAACUGGAGCCUCUCCUCUCAAGAGCCAACCUCCUUAUAGCCAGAGAUGUGGAAUGGGCGAAUAUCAUGUUUGCUUUCGAGCAGGAGAGUAGAUAUAUCAUAAUGGAUCCACUCUUUUCCCAGUCUCCUGUAGCAUAUAUUCGAGAGAAAAGCAAUGUCAUCUUUAGGCAGUUACUUCGGUCGAGACGGCCAUUUACUGCACAAUUUACUGAUGCUAUGGGUAAUGAGAUAUUCACGGUCCGCCGGCCAUUUUGGUUCAUCAACAGCUCCAUUUAUGCAGAAGUGGAUGGCAAGGAGGUAGGUGUAGUCCACAGGCGCUGGCAUCUUUGGCGUAGAAUUUAUGAUCUGUACUUAGGGAACAAGCAAUUUGCUGUGGUUGAGAAUCCUGGAUUUUGGAACUGGACCUUUACCCUUAUUGAUGAAGAUGAAAAUGUGUUGGCCCAGAUUGACCGUAAUUGGAGGGGAAUUGGUUUUGAGCUUUUUACGGAUGCUGGCCAGUAUGCAAUUCGGUUUGGUGAUGAUGGACAAAGCAGUAGACUUGGUCUUGGUUCAGAUAUCGAAGAACUAAACGUUGUUCGCCCGCUGAGUUUACCUGAAAGGGCCGUAGCUCUUGCUCUGGCGGUGUCCCUGGACUCGGAUUACUUCUCCAGGAGAGGGGGCUGGGGACUGCCUUUUCUCAUCGCCACAGAGUAG